AUGCCAACAUUAUUACAAUUAAAAAUUGGUGCUCUUGUAACAUUGAUUGUAGCAUGGGCCUUCACAGUGGCAGCUUUAUUCACACCAGCAUGGAGAAAUCUUGAUAGUGAUAACAGUGUUGGACUAGUAACGUAUCAUUGCUCUUCUACUGCUUGUAAUUCUUUUAAAAAUGUAAGUUUACCUAGCCCUAGUCCAGAGCUUUAGUCCAGAAGCCCAGCUUAGAGCCCUAUUUUAGCCCUAGCUCAGAGCCCUAGCCUAGAGCCUUAGCCCAGAGCCCUAGCCCAGAGCCCUAACCCAGAGCCCUAGCCCAGAGCCCUAGUCCUAAACUUAGUGUUAAUCCUAGCUAUGGCUCUACCCCUACCUCUUCCCCUACCGCAACGUAUGCCUUGUCAUAUUGAAAUCUGCCUUACUUAGUCAUACCUUCAUCUAAUAUGCCUUACUGUAAACAUAAUACGUCUUAUCACAACUCAUCUCUAUAUUACUAUAGUACGCACUUAUUUCAGAACGUGCCCGACUGGUCGAGUACUUGUAAAGACUUGAAUAUCGCUGCGGCUGUUGGAAUGACAAUAAAACUGAUUGUCAGUCUAGUGACAUGGAAUAAAACAAAGUCGAAGUGUAUGUCCGUUCUCAAGGUUCUCGUGUGCCUUAUUGCUAUAGCCAAGUUACUGGUAUUAUUAAUAUUGUACGCCAUCAAAAGUGAUGACUACUUUGGGAGUGGUGGAGGUGAGUUAACGUACUUUUAUUUGGUUGUUCAAAUAAUUAUGCGCUUUUUCUCAAUACUAAUUUUUGUAGUUAAAGGGCCAGAAUUAUUUGAAAAAUUUAUAUUUUUGAAAAAAUGAAAUUAUUAAUUUCGGAAAUAGAUAUAUAGAAAAAUUUCGUAUGGUUAGAGAAAGAGAGAAAAAGUACUCUUUCUCGGCAGCGCGCAACCCAGUCGAAAGACAAACGAGCGGUUUUAUACCUAAAAGAUCAAGUACUUUCUCUUCGAACGUUCAGUUCCAAAUUAAGGUUGGUAACUGUUUCAGCUCACUCUUGUGUGGCUGAACAAUAUUAAUUUUGGAAUGCUUGAUCAAAAGGUUAAGCGCAUAUUAUAUUUUUUUAGCUUUUCAAUACUCAACAGUAGCUACAGCGACUGCAACCAGCCACUCUGGUACUUCAUUGGGCUAUAGUUAUUGGUUCGCUCUAGUAGCGGCUGUUUUCAUGGUAUUUAGUACUGGUUUCUCUAUAGUUGAACCAUGUAUUGCUAAGUAG